AUGGCGGCUACUUCUGGAGCGGGGCCUUCUCCUGCCCCUCAGGCUGUCAACCAAAUCAUCGAUGAUGUCUCAGUCUCGCAGCGCAUGGUGUCUGCGACCUUGGGAAGCAUCCUGACGUCUGUACUAGUAACCCCUCUCGAUGUUGUCCGCGUUCGCCUACAAUCCCAAUCCCCUACGAACAAAACCCACAAAAUCUCGCCCUAUACCUUCCACUCAAUACAGAGUUUGAAGAAUGCGCCUCCCAACCUGGGGGUAACGGCAUGCUGUCGGGAAGUGUUUUGGAUCGGCCAGAACACCGAGAUAUGCAUAGCCGGCCCGGGUGCGGGAACCCUGGGGAACGCAUCCCCCGCUGAGAUAGACUGUGCAGUUGAAGAGACUCGGAGGAGGACCUUCACAUCGACACUGGAUGGAUUACGGAAAAUCGCUCGAAAUGAAGGAACAUUGACUCUCUGGCGCGGUCUCAGUCCAACCUUGAUGAUGGGAAUUCCGGCAAACAUUAUCUACUUUGCCGGGUACGACUGGUUACGAUCGGACGAUCGCAGUCCCAUAAAACGAGGCUUCCCCGAUGUAUAUGCCCCGUUUGUCGCAGGUACUACUGCAAGAAUCGCUGCUGCGUCGGCCAUCAGUCCCAUUGAGAUGUUUCGCACGCGACUACAGGCCACUUCCGGCUCCGGCUCCGGCUCCGGCUCCGGCGCGGGCCAUUUUAAGGAAACCCUCGAAGACCUAUACCAUAUGACCCAGGUUAGAGGAUACAGCUCACUUUGGCGAGGGUUGACUUUGACAAUGUGGCGCGAUGUUCCAUUCUCUGGUUUAUAUUGGUGGGGAUAUGAAGAAGUGAAGACUCUCCUCAUGGAUGGCCGCAAGAAGGCCCAAGGGCAACAUAUCUUGCCUGCCGCACAACAACAGCCACUAGAGCCGGAAGCACCAACAUUCAUCGAGAGCUUUAUCGCAGGCGCAACAUCUGGCUCUCUCGCGGCAUUCGUCACCACCCCAUUCGAUGUGGGGAAGACCCGACAGCAAGUAUUCCGGCACAUGGGCGAUGAUGCACCACCCUCAGUAGCCUCUGGAAGCAAGGUAGUAGGAAACCUCAAACCUGAACAGCUCUCUUUACCAAAAUUCCUGAUGCACAUCUUCCGCGAAGAGGGUAUGUCCGGACUUUUCAGGGGCUGGGUUGCGCGGUGUUUGAAGGUGGCUCCAGCAUGUGCUAUCAUGAUUUCGACAUAUGAACUUGGCAAGAAGAUGGCUCGAGGUGUAAAUGAGCGGCACCAAGUCAGCUUAUCGUCAGAGCCUGAUUCCGAUUCUGCAUAA